ACACGACAGCAGUAUGCUACUUUGUUGGAGCUUUUGCAACAGAAACCAGAAAUCGCCCAGGGUUUCUCAAAAUGCUCCAAGGAAGAGGUAAUGGAGUUCUGGCAAAAUGUGGCGAAGGAGCUGGAUAGUCUGGUCCCACCAACCAAAGGCGUGUCGAGCUGGAAAAAAGUGUGGUUCGAUUGGAAGGCCUACAUAAAGAGGAAGCCAUCCGAAAACAAGAAGGAGCAGGCAGCAACAGGCGGAGGACGAAAUAGGCAGCACCAUUUCAAUGAAUUAGAAGAGGAAGUCUUUAAGGUGACAGAUUUGGAGACCAGCACGCACGGUAUCACAGGUACGGUAAGUGUUGGAAUACCUUCUGCCGGCGAAGUAGGAAGUUGCGAGGCCGAUCCCGACGUAUCCAUGGUGUCGGAGAACUGCAGUCCAUCCCUCCCGAGACGUCCUCCAACUGUCCAGAAGCGAGCCGACACAAGUGCUGCAGAACUUUUGAAAGAACAACUAGAGCUUCAAAAGAAUUUCCAACAAAAGAGUGUGGAACACUUUGCAGAACAGAAUGCGAAGCUAGACGCCCUCGCUUCGAAUAUGCAGCGCUUGUGCUCCGCAGUGGAAAGAAUGUGCGAUGUGAAAGAAGCCGAUUUGGAAGAGACCCGCAGGCACCAUAGACACAUGCAAAAUUUGAAUGCGGCAAAAAAUUACAUAAAAAACAAAUGCUGGAGGUAAAGCAACGAAGUUUA